CCUAACACUUAAAUAAAAAAAAAAAAAAAUUCUGUGUCGCGUGAGAAUAUUAGCUUUUUCAAAAGUGCGUGACUUCAUAAUGUGUUUUUAAAUUUCGAUGUCGGUCAUAAACAAUAUUUAUGUAUUGUAAAUAAUGAGUGAUAAUGAUUUCAUUGACAGUCCAGUUUUAAUUGUGUGACUGAUAUCAAGAGUUACUAGUUAAGUGUUGAAGAGGAUUGUUCAGUUUUUAUGAUGAUAUUGUACUGAUACCCUGUAUGAGGACACCAUUGGAAUGUCCUCCACUACGCAACCGACCGUCGAGCCUCAAAAUGAGACCAGUUUCUUGGCCAACUACAAUAUUUUUUUUGAUAUGGCUGUGCAAUGACGUUGUGUCAAAAAGAAACCACACACUCAAGCCACGGGUCGUACUUCCGGAGAACUAUGUCAAAGAAGUGCGACCUCCUGCUAGAAAAGGCCAACCUGUGAUAGUAGAAUUCAGCAUAUACGUAGUGGACGUCAACUCUAUCAACGUUGAAGACAUGGAUUUUAGAGUGGACAUGUUCAUAAGACAGACAUGGAUCGAGAGCCGACUGCAACUACCAGAAGAUAUCUUCGAAGAAGGCGACGAUCACGUGACCUUGCCGCCGGAGUUCUUUGACAACCUUUGGCACCCCGAUCCGUACUUCCUCAAUUCUAAAGUCACAGGAGGAGCUAUAUACUACCGUCAUCAGUCGGCUGAAAUAGCAGAGUUGACACACAAGUUCUCGUCCGUCACUCUUUAUCGAAAUCAGACGGUGCGCUACGCGGCACGGAUGCAUGCCAUCAUCGCCUGCCAAAUGGAAUUUCAACUUUACCCCAUGGAUAUACAGUCCUGUCCGAUUUACAUUGAAAGCUUUUCGUACAGUAACCAGAAGGUGAGAUUCCGUUGGAGCGAGGCCGGAGUCACCAUAAACCCGGAGUUGAAGCUGCUACAGUACCACAUCGGGGAGCCUUUAAGGCUUGAGGAGACCAAUGGAUACAUGAUUGAUAAGGACGGUAACUACUCAAGACUAGUAGUAUACUUCAGAUUCGAGCGACAGAUCGGUCACCAUCUGAUCCAGACGUUUGCUCCAUCGUCCCUAGUAGUCAUGUUGUCGUGGUUCAGUUUCUGGCUGGACUUGGACGCCAUUCCAGGCCGAGUGACCUUGCUGGUUACGUGCAUGUUGACUCUGGUUACCAUGUUUACUGGCCUCCGAGCUGAUAUACCGCCUGUGGCUUAUGUGAAGGCCUUGGACUUAUGGAUGGCUGGCUGCAUGAUGUUCGUGUUUGCAGCGCUAGGAGAGUUCGUCGUGGUUAAGGUCCUGGACAAACAGUAUCAGAUGAAUAAAAAUAAAGCGCAAGAAUCUUUGCCAAGAAUCAUACCCGUGCGUCUCAACGGCGAUAAGGGUUCAUGUGGCACGGUGGCAGCCUGGGAGGGCAGCGGCGUCAGGUGCCGCAAGGUGGACGUCAUGUCGCCUACGUCUCCGCCGGCGGCGACGCCCGCGGUGCACCCUGCGCCCGCUGCGACCCCCCACCUCAUAGGGGUUGAGCGCCGUCAGAGCAUUCUUCAAGUAGCUUGGCUGGACGCGGACACGGGCCAGGAGCGUGUGUUAUGGAGAGAGAUCGACAAGCUCUCGCGGGUUGUGUUUCCCGCGCUGUUCCUCCUCUUCGUAACUAUGUACUGGCCGGUCCUUCUGCUGAAGACCAAGACGUCUUCAUAACAUGAGCGUCACGUUAAGUCAUGAAAGGCACUGCUAGACUUAUAGAUAACACAUAAUGGAGGACUUUUGCUCCUUCACUGUUAGCAUUUUCGUAGUCGACAUCGAGUAGAGGAAUUAUCAGUACCGUAACUUGACACUAGAUGUCUUGGGUGGCGCGACUGACAAAAAUUGUAUUUGACAACCAUUUAGAACUAAUAUUACAUGUAGGAGUUGAAAAUUCAGUUCCGAUUAAUCCGGUUAUAAUAUUAGCUGAGAAUAGUUGAGCAUUGGACUUUUCGUUCGGCGCAAAAUCAAUUGUCAAGUAACAGUACUGACCAUUCCGCUACUCGAUGCUAGAUGUCGACUUUGAAAAUAACAAGCGUUUUGGUAUCAAAACCGAUGUAUGAAGUGAGCACUCUAUGCUGACUUCUCAUUUCUCUAAGCCGUUAGUACCUACACUGAAAGAUGUUGCUCAUCGUAAGUGUUGAUACUGUUGAUAACCUCUCUAGUAACAACUUCUUUGAACUACAAAUCACGCAACGACAGCUUUUUCGACCAUCUGACGGCAAUAUUGCGUAAAAGAGAUAAGGACAAAGAUAAUAGUCGCUAGCUGCCGCCGUAACUCAUUCGGAUUUCACUAACGGGCUGUGAAUUAGAUCGAGUAGUUAUGGAUCUGAUCUGUCAGUGACAAGAGUGAGGUUUUUGGUUGAAGAAAUAUCAUGUAAUUCAGAUUUAAUUCAUAAAUCAUAACCUGUUAUUAAAACCAGAAUAAGCCGGAUAACAUACCGUUUUAUCCUUCUAACUCUGUAACCUCCAGUUCCUUUAAUUAGAAUUUAAAUAGGUCAUUAUAUAUAUUUGAUCUAAGUACCGGUUUUUAAUGAAUACCGGAUAAAGAAUACCCAAGACAUAAUAAUAGAAGCAUGGGAAUUCCAAUUGUGGAUUUAAAAAAAAGAGUAAGUCGGCAAAAAACUCGCAUUGGAAGUGUUUUUUUUUUCAGAAACAUGUAGAUGUAGGAGUAAAUAAACCAAGUCGCUUUUAGACAAGUGCGCGUGAUAUACAGCCUAAGUGUAAGGCCUGAGUGGCCGCUCGAAGCAGAGCGUUCGGCGGGGCGUGCAGCGUGGCUUCGGGCCACAAGUGAUUUGAGCAGCGUGCACUAAGGAAUACAUUUGCAUUUGUUUAACGUGUACGCCGCACGCCCCGCCCCACGCUCAACUCGAGCGUCCACUCAGGCCUGACACAUAGGUGAUAGGCUACAUAGGUAAAGGAGAUUGCCGUAAUUUGCAGGGUCUACCGCGAACCACGUUCCACUUGUUGCUUCGCUGUCACUCUUACGUAAAAAAUUACAAGUGCGAUAGAGAGGCAACACGUCGAACGUGGAUCGCGGUAGGUCUUCAGAGUGGAUGCUUACAUCAUUAAGCUAUUGUCAAUUAGCGUUACAGUACUUGUGGACAUACGGCGGAAUAAGACGUAUUCAAGGAUAUAUAUUAUAUUAAUCAUGUAUACAAAAAUAUAUGUAGGGUUAUUUGAAAACUAAGAGCAUUUUUGGAGUUAUGGGAUUAUUGUUUGUAGAAAUUGAAACAAGUAUAGGCUUUAUCUAUUUAUAUAUUUUUUUAAUCUCGGUUUAGUCCAUGGUUGACUGGUAGAGGAUGCCUUCGUGCAUUAAAUCCGCCAUUUGUAUUGUGAAAUAAUGUUUCAAUAAAACAAAUAAAUAAUAAUAAGUUACCAUAAUUCUGAACAAUCUUAUUGUUUCCAAAUAGGGACACUCUAGUGCCAGGACUUAAUUUUCUUCUCAUCAAACUACAUGUUAAAUGAAAUUAAAAUAAAUAAUUGGUUGUAUUAUUUUAAUAUUUAAUUCUUCUUUGAUAUUAGACGCUUGUUCUAAAUAAAUAUCAACUAAUAGAAUGUAUGCGUGAUAAAGUAGAAGUACUAGUGCUCGACGCUGCACUAGUACUCGACAUGGGCACUUUAUGUCAAAGUGACAAGGAUUAAGUUCGAAUACAGAAAAAUCUUCGAUGUUCAAAUUUAACCUAUAUUUCCAUGAAAUAAAGUGCCCAUGUCGGUGACUAGUGCAGCGUCGAGCACUACAUAGUACUUCUACUUUAUUCCUUUGUAAUAAAUAUAUUAGAUACCCCAUAAGCCAAUAUACAGUACAUCUCUGAUAUGAAGAGUGAUAUCAAAAUUAGUCAUAUUUUCUCGUUUAGAGGACAUAUUUUAGAGAAAUCAAAGGAAUAGGUUAUAUUUUGUUCUCUGGGUCAAAAUUAUUUUCGUUGUCUUGUUUUUUGCCUCCAAAAUAUAUGACGGUGUGGAGUUUUUGUAUGGGAUGAAAUUUAGUUUUUAAUUUUUCUCAUAUAAAAUUUGAUCUACACCUAGAAAUACAUGCAAUAGCACUUGACUUUUUUUACUAAUUUAAUAGAAGACAAAAAUACAAGCGUGACAGAGUGGUCAAAAACAAGAAAUUUAUAUAUUUAGAACCCUCUACUUAUAUUAAAUUUAUGGAGAGUAACUUUAGAUUUCGUUACAAUAGAAGGUUUUUCUGCGUUGUUAUCUAUAAACUUGGUGAUAGGAAGGUACAUAAUGUGUACACUGUGCAAUUUAUUGUCGUCACAAUUAGAUUCGACUUCUUAAUUAAACUGAUCCAGCGGUGGCAGCAUGGUUCUAUUUUUAUCAAUUGUCACUUUACCCAUCACUUUCGCGCUUACAUAUUUGUUAGAACGUGACAAAUGAUAAAAAGCCGACUAUCUUAGCCCUACAGGACUUACUUUAUCAAUACGGGCCUCCAUGCGUGACACGGCAAUCUCCUUUUAAAUCUUAAUAUUAAAAUAAUAAGCUGUACAAAUAAUAAUGAAGCACAAAUUUUUAAAAUGUAAAUAUUUUUGAGCUACUUGCGAUCUGAGCACAGAAAUAAUAAUAUGUAUGAGGAACAUAUGUUUAACUGGAAGCUAUAUAGUAUAAAUAAUAAUAAUUUUAUUCAUUGUGAACACCAACUAUGUAGGUAUGACAUGUUAGUGAAAUUCCUUGGAUGAAACGUCUGUCCAAUUUACUUAAUAAUAAUAUAUUAUGAUAAAAACUAUUUAUUACCUAUAAGAGUAGUUUAUGUGUAUACAGUCCACGUUAAAUAUAUGUUUACAUUUUCGCUUUAUUAUAAAGCAGUAUUAAAGUGCAAAAUUGUAAACGUAAUCUUUGACGUCGACUGUACACGAUCUUAGUCUAGGGGCCAGUUUCAUAAAAAUAAAAAUAGUACAUUGUGCAAUAAUGGAAGAACUUUUGUCUAAAAUGUUUACCGACAGUCAAUAGAAACCCUAUGCCUGGUCGGCAGAGGGUUCUUUUCAUUUAUUCAUGUUGUCACAUUAGGUAUACAAAAAUAUAUACGUUACAUGAGACCCUUAUGCCUCAAGCCUUAUGUUCUUAUGCCUCAAGUUUAUAAUUUUAUUUGAUAUGCCUAAAUUUCGACGGUAGUCCGCCAUUUUGUUUAUUGUUUGACAUCAAAUCAUUAAAAGCAGAUGCUCAUUCGGCACAUCUACAACACUUUACAACAUAUUUGAAACAGCUAUAUUUGUUUCAUAAUAACCAAAAAAAAAGUAAUUUUAAAGUAAGGCUCAUUGAUUGCCUGGUUGUAAAUAAAUACCUACUUAUUUCACCUAUAACUUUCUUGGUUCGUAUGCCUAAGUGACAUAAACCUAACUCACUAAGGAAUAAAAUGGGCUAUAACUCCAUUCACAGGUAUGAUGAAAAGUUUAUUGAUAGAAUUAAAAAAUAUAUAUUCUUAUAAACAACAUACACAAGUGAUGAAUAAGUAAAAUAUAUACGAAAAAAUACAGGUAUCAUGGAUCGGGCCCUUACGUUUUUUUUUCAAAAUGAAAAUGUAGGCCAUGACAUGGCCUUAAUACGUACACUAUAUUAUUCUGUGUCAACUGGAUAUAAAUACAUAUAAAUACAAACUUAUAUAUUAUAACAUAUCGUUUUCUUAAUAUAUAAAUAUUAAGAAAAAGAUAACGUUAAAUAUUGAAGUAAACAAACCAUUGUUUUACGAGUUGUACGUAAGCACAGCUUCAGCUUUAAUAAUUGUGAUAGUUAUUUAAGGACAAAUUAUUUAUUGUACAUUAUUUUGUACCAUUAAAAUAUUUAUUAAUUAUUUAAAAUCACUGAAAGCAGAGCUCUCAUAAUAAAAAAAAGUUCGACACACAUUAAAUAUAUUAAAACGUGUCAAUCACACUUUUAAGUCGAAACCGUGGGACUUGGUCAAUCCGUACCCCUAGUGUAAAUAAAUUCGAUUUCGAAACGUGACGUACGCGUUUGCGUUUAGUCUCAUUUUGUAUGUGAUUUAGAAAGAGCGGGACGUUUUGGAAACUCAAAAUCCUAUACAAAAUGACACUUAACGCAAACGCGUUCGUUACGUUAUGAUGUCGAUAAAACUUACACUAGGGGUACUGUUUAAUAAUGUCCUAUAUUCAUUUAUUUAUAUUUUUUGAGUGAAACAUGUGACGCAACUUUCGAUUUAAAAAAACUUAAUUGAUUCGUUUAUGGUAUAUUCAUAUGUCUGAGUCUCUAAAAGAUGUUUUAUUAAAAUUAGAAUUCGUGCGCAAAUUGUAUGUAAGUAAGUCAUUUUAUUACAUACUUAUUAAAGUUAGACUUGCCACUCUCGACUCUGAGUCGUUAAAACUUACAAGUUCAUCUCCUUAGGGGUAGAACUUCCAAACAUACUUGAAGAACAUCGGCCCGAUUCUAACUAUAAGGUAAGUCAAAACUUUGCUUGAGAUACUAUUUGGCUCGUGGAUAUGUCAGUGUCAUAAGUGACGUUUUUGUUUGAAGGAACCAUACCAAACCAAAGUUCGAGUCGGGCAGUCUAUAUGUGCUUUACAAGGUACUAGGUACCUUCAAUGGUUUACGCGGUUAUCGCUGAGUGUGACAGCGCUUUCACAUCCGAGUGACGUGCGAAUCGCAUCCAAUGUGAAGACCGCCUUCGGCUGUGCGUUGUUUGUUCGUAUAACGCGAAUGUUUUGUAUUAUAUUAUAUAUUUAGAUGAACAAUCUGCUCCUGUCAAAGGCUAUUACGCUGUGUUUUAAAAAUGAUAUAAGUACAUAUAUAUGAAUUUGGUUUAACUUAGUAUUUUAUGUAUUACAGUAAACAGGUUUGAAAAUGUUAAUAAUGCUUCUAGAUACGCGUUUGAAUGUUUCUGUUACAAAGUUUAUUGUAAUGACCUGUUUCUCAGAAACUAUGUGAUUGAUUGUUAAAUAUGAUAAUAAAUAAUUUUUGAAGAA